UCGGGUCUUAGGGUUUUGAUUUUGUUUAAUUUAAAGGGUGAAGAUGGCCGGACCGGUUUGGUGCUGGACCGGACGGUGUUUCAUCCGCAAGGCGGCGGUCAGCCGGCGGACACAGGCUUCGUCGCGGUCGCCGGUUCUGAGGUCAAGUUUGUCGUGCAAGAUGUGCGGUCCAGAGACGGUGUGGUUUACCACUACGGUUUGGUUGAGAAUUCCGGCGAGGAUUUGGGAUCGGAGUUUGAGAAAGGGAGAGAGGUGGUGUUGCAUGUGGAUGAGUCUAGGAGGAAGCUUAAUUCUAGGAUUCACUCUGCUGGGUAUUUGCUGGAUGUGUGUAGGAGGAAUGUGGGAUUAGGCGAUUUAAAGCCGACCAAAGGCUACCAUUUCCCUCAAGGGUAUGAUUUUGAUUUUUUUCAAAGUAAGCAGAAAGAGUUGGAGUUGGAAGCGAAUGCAUUGAUAUCAAGAGGAGGGAAAGUUCUUGUUGCGUUAGUACCAUAUGAGGAAGCAUGUAAGCUGUGCGGCGAAGAGCUUCCCGAUUAUAUCACAAAGGAUAGCACUCCUCGUAUUGUGAAGUUGGGGAACAAUCCUGGCUGCCCGUGUGGCGGUACUCAUUUUUCUGAUAUUUCAGAGAUCAUCAAUAGUAGGGUUUCUCAAAUACGAACCAAAAAAGGAGUGACGAAGGUCUUUUACAAUGGUGGUCCCUAAAUAAGUAUGGAUCUAUUUAUCGCGUCUAUGACAAUGGACGUUCAAAUCACAUUUUUGAUGCCUUGUUGAUCAGAUUUGUUGGCAGCUGACUGGUGAUCUGAUAUUAUCAAAGUUUGUAGGGUUUUCUUUGGAAAUUAAAGAAUGACUAGAAGUUUGUACUGUGUCUA